AUGGUUCUGUUUCUUAUUUUUGGUUCGUUUAUCGCCUCGUAUUGGCAUGUUUGGCUCAUUUUAAUUGGUAAGCUUUUUUUAUUAAUUUUUUUGGUGAUUUGAAAACGCUAUUUUACAAACCUUGCAAAAAUUUUUUUCAUGAACUUGCCUUUUUAUUUUUCAAUUUAUCAGCCUGCAAACACACGGCUACGCGUAUUCAAAAUCAGUUUUUGAAAAAUUUUUUUACUUUUUAGUUUUUAAAUUUCACUAGUAUUAUGGUUUUGAAAGAUUCCUAUCUCAAAAAAACAAGAAUGGGACUUCAGAAAUUUUUUUGAAGUAUUCAAAAAUCCGUACAAAAAAAUAUAGAUUCGCUUUGUUAGCAUCAGAAAAAAAAAUUCAAAAUAAAAAAUAUAUUUUACUGAUAAAAAUUGGGACUUUGUAGCGUUAAUUUUUUUCAAAGAAUUCACCUUUCGCCUUUGAAUAUAAUGUUAAAAUUUUCAUUAAAAUUGAUUAUUUACAGGUGCAUGGCUCUUUACACGAAUUGCGCCUACUUUACUUUGUGGAAAAGUUAUGAUUUACUAUGGUUUUUGGAUGCAUUUCAUUCUUUGCAGUUGUUUCCCACAAUUGAGGUACUCGUUCAAACUUUUUUUCUACUAAAAUUGAUAAUUUUUCUAGACGAGAAAACUAUUUUUCUAGUCUGGGCAAAUUUGAUAAUCAAGAAAUACACGAAAUACCCGGACUACACUUACAAGGUAAGAAACUUAUCAAGAUAAAAAAUUCAGAUUUUGCUUGUAUCCUGUUUGCAGAACGUACUCUUAGGUCAACAGAACUUCACCACAUCGCGAAAAAAUUUUUACGAUACAGUUUGAUACUCUGAUUGACUAAACUUGUUUCAGUUACUUAUUCUUUCUGAAAAAAACAGCUGAAACCUUCAUUAAAAAGAAAAAUUUUUCAAAGUUUUUGGCAAAUAAUUAGCUUUGAUGUUCAAAAAAAUUAUAAAAAAACAUUCGGAAGCAAAAAAAUCCUUGAAUUUUUUUGAAUGCAGCUUUGAAAUUAUGUUGCAGCUUUUUUUCCUCAGUAUGAAAAUACUUUCAAAAUUCAUAUAAACUUGUUAUUAUUUAUUUGGAACUUGUUGAUAUGAUUGAAAAGGUAAAAAAAGAAAAACGUUUCAAGAAUGUUUAUCUGACUACGAAUGAUUACUAAAAACAGUAAUCAUCAAGUUUUUUUAACGAAAAUCGUCGAAUUCGAGAUGAAACUCAGGGGAAAUGAUUGCGAUAACUUGAUUAUUAGUCUAUUAAGAUUUAUCCAAAAUCCAACUUUUCCCUAUCAAUUUUAACAUUGCCUAAGACGUCGAUUGAAACGAAAAAAACUAUUCCGAAACUGAUUCCAGCAACUUUAUCUCGCUCUGUACACGACCACAAGGUCGACACGUUUCACUGAACGAUUGAUGUCUCAACGUGAGGCUAGAGGAGUCAUCGACAUAGGUUUGAUGAGUUCUGAAAAAAAUCGAGUGAAGAAACAAAACUGAAGAACGCGAAAGUGUGAGAGACGAAGAAGAAAGCGAGGCCGACGAUGUGCCGGAUCGACCAGUCAUCGAAGUGGCCAAGGACAAAAAAGACAUCGAACAGUCAAUUGAACAGCUCGAAGAGGCUCACGACUACACUCACAUUGAUGCUACAGGUUAUUUUGCGUUUUCUUCCAAUACAUUUUUUCUUAUUUUUAGAAGAGUGUUACCGAAUGUAUGCUUUGGGGCUGUCAAAACUGCCUUUUUGGAUUUUUUUUUUUUGAACAUUGCGCGUUUUCAUAAACAUUUAAAGCACUAAAGAUGACUUUUCUUUAAGUUGACAAUAUUGUAUUCAGUCAGAAAAAAAGACCCAAAAGCAAAUCAAAGCUAACAGAUAGGAAAGAUACGAAAUUGUUGAGAAAAAUUUAUUGUUCAUUUUUCGCUACAUUAACGGCAGUAUUUUUGAAGAGGCUUAAAAAAACUCUUGAAAUUCUGUAUUGGAAAGUUCAAAAUUUCACCUACAGCAUUACAAAAAAAUAAAAAAACAUAUUUUUUUCAUCAUUUAAUCAAGUUUUUUUGAGUUAUUAAAAAAACUGGCUUUUUAUUUUAUCGGAAUCCCAAAGUUAUAAAAAAAUUUUUCAGUUAUCAGCUAACAAAAGCUUCGGUUUUUCAAACUUUUUAAAGUUUUUUUCUUUUGAUUUUUUUCCGAAUGCGUAACUUCUAACGUGUUGUUUUUUUGUUCAACUUUCCAAUUCGAGCACUUUUUACAUAUUUUUUUGUCUGCCGGUAAAAUUCUGGAAGGUUUACAUUGUUCAAAAAAAAUUUUUUUCUUAUAUUUUUUUGAAUAUAAACAAACUUCUUCUUCUCUGCUAUCCUUUUUUGCGGCAUGCUAAUUUUGGUUUCUAGCUAGCACUCCUCUUCGGCCUCCUAGACCUUCCCGUGUUGCUGUCCAACGUCAAGAUUCUGCUGAGUCGCAGACAGAACUCUUUGGUUCAGAAAAAAAUCCUCUCAAUCUGAAAACGAUAUUUAGGAGAUGAUAAACAAGAAGAAGAAGAAGGAACUGUUGAUGACGGUUCAAAAUGGCAUCCAAAGAAAAUUUUCACGGCCGUGAAGAAAAGGUUAAAAACGUUCUUUAUAGAUCAUUCUUAUUAAAAGAAAAAAGGAAGAAAACAGUAAACGUCUAUUAUUUUCACGUGGAAACGGGAAAAGUGAAAAAAAAAUUCAAAGUUCCAAAAGUUUUUCGAAAAUGUUCACAAAAAAUUGGAACAAUAGAAUCAAAAACUAAGUCGUGAAAUUUUAUCUUUAGUCAACUUUCAGAAGAAUCGUUUCUGCAAUCGAUAAGAGUAUUAAAGUACACUCAUUAUCAUCUCUUUUGUUCUCGUUAGGAAAAGAGAAAAUGUUAUUGCGAGGUUGAAAAUCACUUUUUUUUCAGAGUGAUGCCCAAACGUAAUAAAACUGAAAACGGGACGAUUGAUGAAGAAAGAAAAGAAGGAGAAGAAGAAGGAAAAAACAAAGUUGGAAUAAUAAUAGAUAUCCUUAAAUCAUUAUUUGAACUUGAGAACAACAAUGGAAGUGAUCACUCUGUGGAGGACGAAGGCAGUCCCGAAGAUGAACAGGGACCUUCAGCUUUUUACCGACUCUACGGAAAGCUUCGCAGAAGACGCACUACUUCUGUGGACGAUCCAAACGGUUAGCAAAAACUUACGACUGAAAAUUAGGGAAAUUCAUCUUAUGAUUUCUUCAUAUCAAUAUUUUGUUAACAAGAUUUUUUAACGGGUUUCACGAUAAAUAGACACUGUUCAUAAAAGUAUGAAACACGAGAGCCAGAAAAAGGGCGAGCUAGAAAUUCCUGAAAACAGCUCCUCUCAUUAUCCAAACAAACUACAAUCGCAAAACUGAUUUUUUUGAAGCAUUGGAAGUUCUCCGUCCGGACUACACUAAUCGUUUCGACAUUCUCGACAAGAAGAAACGAGAUCAAAGAGAAAAAAAAGACCGAAAAAUGUUGGGACAUCGCAUUCGCAAACAGUUGCGUGAGGCCAUGAAGGAAGAUGCCAGAAUUGAAAAAAAGUACAUCAUUUUAUCGUUUCAAUCAAAAUUUUCAUUCGCAGGAGAAAGAAGGUAACGGACGCCAUCGAGCUGUUGCUGCAGCUGCUGAGAAUGAUGACGUCAUUCGCGAUUUUGGUCGGCAACAUUCGAAAAACUUUUAUUCCCGCGCAGUUUAAGUAUUUGAAACCAGGUCAACAUGCCUAUGACAACUACGAACUUCUUCUGUUUUUCAGGUUGGCUCACCGUAUUUUUCAUGAAAUUUUCACAAUUCACAAUGAAUCAAGACAGCAUUCAACACUUUUUUUUGUUUUUGAAGAAAACAGUUGAACUUGAUUGAGUACAAAUAACAAAAAAUGGAAGUCAAUCCGGAAAGAAGUUGGUUUGAAAAUAAACGUGUCAAAUUUAUUAUCCGACCGAUGAACUUAACAUCCUAAACGAUGAAACUUCUAUGAAAAUUGUUAAAACUGAAAAAAAUUUCGAUAUUCACUCAGAAUUUUUCUUGAAUUUUUUUCAUUCAGCAAAAUUGUUUUGAAUGUAUUUGAUUAUUUAUCUCAAUAAAAACCUCAAAAAGUCCGGGCAUCCAACUGAACUCUAAGACGAUAUCUUGAACAAAAAAAUAAAAAAAUUUACAACUUUUUUUAUUUCAAGAUGAUCCAACAAGAAAAACCUUAUUGGAAAAUUUCAAAAAAAAAAAAAAAUAACAAAAAAAUGGAAUUUUUGUAGAGCGACGACGUUUCUGGACAUUUCCAUGUUCUGGACCAAUAUGAUCUACGUCUACUGCCUCCAAUGGCAACUUCUUUGUCGUCUCGGAUGCAAACUUUUCUUUUUCUGGGCUACCGUUCUUGGCCUGGUUCGUGACUCUCUUUUUAAUUUUUAUUCACUAUUCCUUUUUUUAGGUGUCAACAUUUGUCAUGUUCAUUCCAAUGACUACGAUUAUGAACGACUUGGAUUUGAGUUGGUGCAGGUUGAUGCCGAACACGACUUUCGCUCGGUUCCAGCCAAACUGGUAA